CUGACAGGUCCGACUCAGCGAAAGCCCCCCUCAGAAACUCACCAUCCAGCAUUUCAGCCUUCGCACCAGAGCGCACAGCAUGCAGGCGUCCGCCGGAGCGCACUGACUGGUUCAGGGAGGGAUGGACUCCUCUGCACCGAACCAGAGGACCGCUGGACCGGUUUGUUGGGUGGGUGAGGCCGAAGCUGAAGGCGUGAGGAGGAGGAGGAGGAUGAUGAGGAUGAUGGUGCCAGUCAAUUUCGAGUUAAUUCCUUAACCGGCUGCCUUUACAUUGGGGUGGAGGGCUUCAGUAGUCUGCUGCCUGGCUGUAUAAUCCGCUUGCCAGGAGAAGCAGGGAAAGCCCUGUCCAGACUGUGGCAGAGAGAGAGAGAGAGAGAGAGAGAGAGAGAGAGAGAGAGAGAGAGAGAGUUUUAAGUCGGGCAGGGAUAGAGAGAGUUGACAGGAGUGCUUGGUCAUAUUUGGAGCUUUUGUCCUGCUGCUGGAGGCUUAACUGAACUGACUGACACAGACUCAGAGGAGGACUAUCAUUCAAGCUGUUGGACUUCCACUGCACAUCAUGAGUGGACCGACAAAUGCAGUUCAGUACCAGUCAGGUCUUUAUGGAGGAAACAACAACAGCAGCUCUCCUCUCUCCAGUGGUGGAAACUCGCCCAUCGUGUGUGAGCGAUGUGGGGAGGUUUGUCGUGGCGAAGUGGUGCGCGUCAAAAACACACACUUCCACGUUCACUGCUUCACCUGCCAAGUGUGUGGCUGUGAUCUGGUGCACUCGGGUUUCUUUCACCACUCUGGGGAGUACAUCUGUACAGAGGACUACCAGCGGCUCUAUGGGACCCAGUGUGACAGCUGUGACAAGUACAUCACUGGAGAGGUGGUAUCUGCCCUGGGGAGGACAUACCAUCCACACUGCUUCGUCUGCAGCAUCUGCAGGAGCCCGUUCCCAAUUGGAGACAGGGUGACCUUCUGUGGAAAGAAGUGUGUAUGUCAGCAGUGCUCACACACCCUGAGCAGCAAUAAGCCCGUCAAGGUCCACGGACCAAGCUACUGUGCAGGCUGUGGCGAGGAGAUCAAACAGGGUCAGUCUCUGCUGGCUCUUGAGAGACAAUGGCACGUCAGUUGUUUUAAAUGUCGAACGUGUGGCUGUGCGCUCACUGGAGAGUACAUCAGCAAGGAUGGGAUACCUUACUGUGAGACUGACUACCACACUCAGUUUGGAAUCAGGUGUGACAGCUGUAACAGGUACAUCAGCGGCAGAGUACUUGAGGCUGGUGGUAAACGCUACCAUCCCAGCUGUGCCAGGUGCGCCCGCUGUCACAUGAUGUUCCUGGAAGGAGAGGAAAUGUACCUUACAGGUUCAGAGGUUUGGCACCCGAUGUGUAAAGAAGCAGCAAGGCUGGAGAGAAAACUGAGGCUGAGACGUACCUCUGAGACGGCGUCCCUUUCCUCUCCAGGCUCCUCUCCUCUCCUUGGCUCCCCCCACCGGCUCAUCUGUUCUAAAACUGACGGUGAUGUUUUGGACUAUAAACAGCUGGCAGCUCUGCCCAGGGUCAAAGCCAUAUAUGACAUCCAGCGGCCUGACAUCAUUCCUUAUCAGGCCGACCAUGCACACACACACCUCUCAGAUGACACUCUGGAGCGAUAUAGCUGUGGACAGUCACUGGGCUCCUUAUCGCCGUACUCUCAUGAUCUCUUGGACGGCGUUGACUUGAGAACGAGGCGUUCCUCCAGCUCCAUCUUCACUGACUCUCCUGCACACAGUCGCCACGGAGGCUCCCCGCUGCAUUGUUAUCUCCCCGGCAGUGAGAGUGGCAGGAGUUCACCCUAUUACAGUCAGCCAGAGCCUCGGUGUGCCACACCCACCAACACCACCUUCCAAGCCCCCAAGCAUUUCCAUGUGCCAGCUUCUGAGGAAACCAACAUUUACAGGAAACCACCCAUCUAUAAAAGACAAGACAUAUCCGCCUCUCCAACAGCCAGUAAGAGUAAGACCAACGAGAACCUUGUCAAUUCCAGUCGCCUCUCCACCUCCACCUGUAACAACCUUUAUCACCCGGACUCCAACUACUACCCAUACACUGGUUCUCCAAAAGUCUCCAGGGUGAGGAGGUUUUCGUCUGGAGGAGAGGAGGAUGGAUGGAAUCAUAAUAUAAACAGGGGAAUUGGCAGGAUGAUCCUGAAGGAGGAGAUGAAGGCGCGGUCGGGUUGUCACGACAAUGACCAGUGGGGGAGCAGACGCAGUUCCCGCUGUAGCAGCAAGGAGGCGCUGAACAAUCUGGGAUUCAGCUCCCUCAAUGGCUCUCCCAGGUCCGUCUGCAGUGCAGACAGCGACUCAUACAUUGCCAAAUCAGCCUCGUUGCCAGGCUACGGCAGAAAUGGAUUAAAUAGGCCUGGGAGUGCGAGUGCAGAUUAUUACCAGUAUGACAGCAGUAAUGCAGUUAAUUGGCAGAUCAGAGAAUACAAGGUAAGAUGCUCUUGCCAAAGUGAACUAUUUACCCAUACAAAGCCCUCAUUGUGUCAGUCAGAGGGCAGCAGCGUCUUCCGAGUGAUGUGGACCGAGCCAGAUUGGAGCGUCACCUCUCACCAGAGGAGUUCUACAGAGUCUUUGGCAUGUCCAUGUCUGCCUUUGAUCAUCUUGCUCAGUGGAAGAAGAACGAACUGAAGAAACAGGUCCGACUCUUCUGAGAAAAUGAAGUUGCCAGAAAUGUCUAACCGAACGCAGGUCCACCGCCAACAGUGUGCUCUGAGGAGUAACCUCCAGAAAGACCUCGGAUCUGACCCUAGACUGGCACUGUCCCACAGUGGACGACUUACUGGCCUCUUUUGAGGUGGCAAGAGCGGAGAACUGUUGGCCUACAAAUCUUGGCAUGCUUUAAACAGUGUGUACUUGGACUUCUUAAGCAAUACAUAUGAAGUCAGCCAACUGCCCACAAGGGAAAAAAACUGGAAUGAGAGUAAGCAGAACUUGAAGUAGAGGAGGAGACUUUGAGAGGCAGCAGAUGAGCCACACUCUGGCUACAACAAACAGAAAGUUCAUUAGUAGAGGGAGAGGUUAGCUGCUGGUCUCUUGCCUACCAGCAGAUGGCAGUGUGUUAACAGGAGCACAAGGGUGGCAGGCUAUUACAUAUGACCCAGUAGACUUUAAGCUGAAGUACUUCUGAGGGCCUGCCACCCUGAGCCAAACUUGUAUUCAUGCCAAACAUGAGGGAGACUGCAAAUAGGAAGACAGACCGGCAUGCGCUGCAGGCAAAAAGGAUCCAGUUUUCUCUAUCCUCAGCGACUCAUAAGACAGAUGGAUGACAAUGGUUUGAUUCUCGACAUUAGGAUUAUUGAACGUGAUACACAAGUGGAGUUUUUAUAAGGCGCUAACACUGAAAACCAAAGGUUUUCUUCUUCUUUUUUAAUACUGGCAUGUGUUUUGAUUUUGAUGUCAGUUUUUCUGAAGCCAUAUCAGUUCUGAGCAGACAGUUCGCUGAAGUGUUUUUUUGAAAUAUGACGUGGUUGUGAGGCUUAAUGUGAAUGAAGUGUGUCAUGGCCCUGUGCUCAGAGAUAUUAGCUGAGUUAAGUAAUCAGGUUUUAUUACUACACACACUUUAAGAUAUCUGUGUUUCACUUUUUUUAUUUAAUGAGAUUCAAGGUUUUUUGUUGAUUCAUACCUGCAGCUGCACUUGUGACACAGCUCAGAAUUUCAUUUUAAUUAAACCAGACUGAAUCAUGUUUGUCGAGGUUAUGUGUGUAAUUAAAGCAAGUGACUAAUAGAGGAUCUCCAUGGAUGGUUGUUUAGAAACUCUCUGAAUAAAGAGAAAACUAUUCUGAAGUGAAGGAAGGAAAUAGGAAUGUGUGACGGAAAGACUGACAGAUAAAGGAGGAAGUAACAAGGAAGGAUUGUAUGUAGGGAUAAAUAAGAAAUGAAGCAAAGGAAAGGAAGUUCUCACAAAGACAGUUUACUGAAGAGUUAAUGCCUGUCAUGAAAGUUAAGUUAACGUGUUAAGAAAGGAUCUGUGUUUAGAAUAAAACAGGUGUGAUAGAAACUGAGCUGAAUGCGUUUAAUAGGAACAGAAAGUGUUGAAUAGUUUGUUUCAAAAAUGUUGUAAUUGAAUGUAAAAGAUGGAAUAAUAUCGCAGGAACUGAAACCAUGAGUUGUUUACAGGUGUUGAUUUAUAGAGGAACAUUUAUAAUUUGCAAACCCAUAUCUGUCACUAAAACUUGUAAAUAAAUGAUUCAAAUAUCACUAAUUUAUUA